UGAGGAGUUUGUGCGACAGCGGUGCCUUGUUUAAGGGAAGAGUGAAGUUUCCUUCAUUCUCAGAGUAAUUAAAGUGGGGAGGGGAGGAUGUUUCCUAGUACUUUUGUGGGGAAGUUAUAUCUCAACACUGCGGCGCUCACUCUGUUGCUGAUGUCUUACUGCAUCCUUUGCGAAGAGCUUAAGAGGGUGACCAAGAACGGAGCACCUGCUCCACUACCGGCGGCCCUGGUCGUGGAUGCUGAUAACGGUGAGUCUGCAGAAGAUGGAAGUAACACAUCACUGGGAGGACCAGACAGGUCGUCAAAUAAUACUGUGGAUCAAAAUGGCACUUUGCAAGCCACCUCAAUCCCCAUUAUCACAGUUACUACUCCAAUACCAGUUCCAGAAACUCCAGCAAAGCCCAUACUACCACUACAGACCGGGGAAGAAGCUCAACAAGAAGAACAAUCAAGUGGAAUGACUAUUUUCUUUAGUCUGCUUAUAUUAGCUAUUUGCAUCAUAUUGGUGCGGCUGCUGAUUAAAUACAAACUGCAUUUUCUUCCAGAAAGUGUGGCGGUUGUAUCUUUAGGAAUUUUAAUGGGUGCUGUGAUUAAAAUUAUAGAAUCACAACAUUGGGCGAACUGGAAGGAGGAAGAAAUGUUUCGGCCAAACAUGUUUUUUCUUUUAUUACUUCCACCUAUUAUAUUUGAAUCUGGAUACUCCCUACACAAGGGAAAUUUCUUCCAGAAUAUUGGAUCCAUUACUCUCUUUGCUGUAUUUGGCACAGCAAUUUCAGCUUUCAUUGUAGGUGGUGGUGUAUACUUUCUUGGUAAGGCUGAGGUUAUCUAUAAACUCACAGUGACAGACAGUUUUGCAUUUGGCUCUCUAAUCUCUGCUGUUGACCCAGUGGCAACGAUUGCCAUUUUUAAUGCUCUGAAUGUGGAUCCUGUUCUGAACAUGUUGGUGUUUGGAGAGAGCAUUCUUAAUGAUGCAGUUUCUAUAGUCCUCACCAACACAGCUGAAGGCUUAGCCAGAGACAAUGCGACUGAUGUGAGUGGAUGGCAAACAUUCCUGCAGGCACUGGGCUAUUUCCUCAAGAUGUUUUUUGGAUCUGCAGCACUUGGAACACUCACUGGUCUCAUCUCUGCUUUGCUGCUAAAGCACAUUGACCUCAGAAAAACACCAUCACUUGAAUUUGGAAUGAUGAUAAUAUUUGCCUAUCUUCCUUAUGGCCUUGCAGAAGGCAUAAAGCUAUCUGGAAUCAUGGCUAUUCUGUUUUCUGGAAUAGUGAUGUCACACUAUGCACACCAUAAUCUUUCCCCAGUUACUCAAAUCCUUAUGCAGCAGACAUUACGCACAGUCGCUUUUAUGUGUGAGACGUGUGUGUUUGCUUAUAUUGGGCUGGCAAUAUUCAGCUUUCCUCACAAAUUUGAAAUCUCCUUUGUUAUCUGGUGCAUUGUUCUUGUCUUACUUGGCAGAGCAGUGAAUAUAUUUCCCCUCUCCUAUCUUCUGAAUUUCUUUCGAGAUCAUAAAAUUACUCCUAAAAUGAUGUUUGUUAUGUGGUUUAGUGGUCUUCGUGGUGCCAUUCCUUAUGCUUUGAGUCUACAUUUGGAGCUGAAACCAAUAGCGAAGCGCCAGCUUAUUGGAACAACCACCAUAAUCAUUGUGCUUUUCACCAUUCUGGUUUUGGGUGGGGGAACAAUGCCUCUGAUCAGACUGAUGGACAUUGAGGAUCCCAAAACCCGUCGAAGAAAUAAGAAAGAUAUUACACUCAGCAAAACUGAAAAAAUGGGCAACACUAUUGAAUCUGAGCAUUUAUCGGAGCUAACCGAGGAGGAAUAUGAGGCACAGUACAUCAAACGACAAGAUCUUAAAGGCUUUAUGUGGUUGGAUGCUAAAUAUUUGAACCCUUUCUUUACACGAAGACUUACUCCUGAGGACUUGCAUCAUGGGAGAAUACAGAUGAAAACAUUAACCAAUAAAUGGUAUGAAGAAGUGCGUCAGGGCCCAUCAGGUUCCGAAGAUGAUGAGCAGGAACUGCUGUAGCUUUUCUAUUACUGCGCAUGAAGAUUCAGUUCAAGGACGAGCACCAGUUGGACUAAAAUGCACGGCAAUGCAUUCUGAAGUUCUUAAAGUGCACCUUGUGCUCUUUGUACGAUGUUCUAAUAUUUAAAAAGAGAAUAAGAUAUGGGUACGCUUAUUUCUUGAAAAUAUUUUGCAUGUUCCAAUUAUUAUAAUGGUGGACAAUUAACACUAAUCUAAGGAAUAUCUAUUUUUUUAAAUUGGAUAAAACUGAAUGUAUCACACUGGUUUAUGCACUUUACUUUCUUGUAAAUAAGAUGGCAGUUUUAUAUUCUAUCCACUUUUUCUGAGGACUAUAGUGACUUACACUUGCCAUAGAUCUAUUAUAUAACUACUGAAAAGUAAACAGUUGUUGAAAUCCCUCUCUCUGAAUGUGAGAUAUUCAGUUGGUUGACUUUGUGGUGCUGAGAUACAUCCUAGGAUGCACUGGGACACAUCAUCAGUGAUGUAAAGUGGGCCCAUUAGGUGUUUUGGGUCUUUCAACAUUAGACAGCCUCGCCCAGACAGCCCAGUCAGGGUUGGUCAGUCUCUGGCUUGUGUCCCAGCAGCAUGGUCCACCGGUCACACCUCUUGAUUCACAGCCAGCUGGAGGCACGCUUAGGACUGUCCUAAAUGCUCUUUGCAGGCCCCGUAAUGCCAAGGAGGGAGCAGGACCUGCAGACCGAGCAGCCAGCAAAACCUGUACACCCCACAUUUAUAGGCUCUCAAUGUGCCCUCCACCCCGUCUCUGGCACUGCUCUACCAGCUCCUGGUAUUUGGACAAUAUGCUCAAACACCUCCUCAGUCUGGCACUGUCAGUUCCACCAUGACCACCUGCUUUCUGAUAGAAUGACCAUGUCGUUCUUCACUGAUGAUAUUGUGAUGAAUUCAGGGAACGAUAAUUGCUUGCAAAAUCAACUUUUCAGUCAGUUGCAGUCAGACACCAUGGUGAACAAGCCUACUGGUAACCUGGGCUGAAGCAGUGGAUGGUCUCCAACUUUGACACAGGCUGUGGGUUUUCUGAGAUGGCGGAGGUGCUUACUCAGGAGGUAUAUUUUCUGCCACUGCCUUCAGCACCUGGUCAUGGCACCAGCGAUAGCAGCCUUCUCCCAGGGCUUUUGGGCGGCUGCUGAGGAUGUGCUCCAGGGUCCCUCUACCAGGGCAGAGAGGAUGUGAUGGCACCUCACGAACACCCCAAGCAAAAAACCUAGGCAGGAUGCUGUAUACAGCCUGGAUCAUGAACUUGAUUGUCUGCGGUUCUGCCUGCCAGAUCUUCCUCUUCAGUGCACCUUCCCGCCUUGUCCAAGCUCCCUAACGCCCCAAGUCAGGAUAGAAUAAACGUAGCACUGCAGUAUUCUGUUUUUAGUGUACGUGCUCAUCUUUCUGUCUGUUAAUAUGGUCUUCAUUUUUUUGGAAAGCUUCUUUCGCCAUUGCUAUUCUGUAUUUGAUAUCUGUGUCGCACUUGCCAUUACUUGUUAUUAGGCUGCCAAGAUAUUUGAAUUUGUUGACUUGUUUGAUGUUUGUAUUUCCGAUCUUGAUCACACAUUGUGGGAUGUUUGUCUUUCUGGAGAUGACCUUGCUUUCUGUCUUCUUAGUGUUGAUUGAGCGGCCUCUGUGAUUACUUUUGGCUGCCACUAUAGUACUUGUACUCUUCCUGUAUUUGUAAUUAAUUUGAAGGCUUUACCUGUGUUGGUUAUUUGACAUGAAUUUAAGCACGAAGUUAACUUGAAUUCUCAUGGUGUUCAAAGUCAUUGCAGAUUGUGCUGGUUUAUGAACAUCAGAUGCUCUGCAAAACUCUUUGUUUCAUAUAAAAUCUGGUACAUAUUGGAAGAUUGAAAAAAUUCCUAUUUCAUAUAAACUUUAGCUUGAAAUUGGAACUGAUUGUAAAGUGUGUGAGAUAGCUUUCUGUACUUGAUCCAUCUGUUGAAUGACUUUCACCAUCCCACUAGAGGUGGAGAGACAAAUGUAUUUAAAACAAAAUGCUUUUAAAAUGUGUAUUUUCAUUAAGUAAGAGUAGUUUUAAAACCUGGCAGUGCAAAUUUAAGUAUAUGACUUGAUUAUACACAUUCCAGCCCACAAAUGUAUCUGACCAAAUAUCCCUUAAACUUUUACUUUAGUAAAACAAUAUACCAUGCAGUGCAUGGUAAACAAUUGUAUAUUAAUUUAAGGGCAAGUUGGUUGACUCAGCAUGAGUAAUCUCUUGGGAAAUGUGUUAGUUUUAAAAUCUUUAAUCUUUGUUAUUCAAAUUCUGUCUAUUGCAAUCUAAAAUAUUACAUUAAGGUUAUAAAAUGUGUUUUCGAUAUGGGUGUACCUUUUUGCUAUGGAGCAGUAUAUUUAUGAAAAGGUCUAAUUUCUGAUCUCAAGUUUCCAAGCAAAUUAAUUUACUUGGAUCUGCCUUUUGAAAGUAUACCUUAUCUGGACGGUGCAUAUCAGAAACUAAGACUUGCAUCAUGUUCAAAAAAAGUCUGUACACGUUGCCACAGAGUAUAUACAGUAUAUAUACACACGUAAGUAUGAAAAUAACCUGAUUUUUAUUCCAAAUGUACAUGUCAUUUUUAAAUUUCACAAGUAUUGACUGAAAUUUUCAAAAAAUACAGCUUUUUUGCUUUCUAUCAAGUUCAAAGAUCAUUGUCCAUUUAAAAAAAAUUGUUUUCCAAUUAUUUAUUAAAUCAUUCCCUGAAAAGUUUAGAUUCUUCUAACAUAAAAAUGUUAAUUCAAUGUUGUGAUCAAGCAUCAGUUUUAACUGGCUUAACUGAUUCCUAAUUCUGGAUCCUGUACAAUAAAAAUUUAACUUCCUAGUAAAGCAAACUCAUUUGGUUCAUU